AUGGGGACCAGUCUCACCUUUCGCCGCGAGCGCGAGCGCGGCGCGCGCGGUGUCUCGCACGCCCUGCGCCCUGGACCGCAGACAGUUCGCGAUCUUCCCGAGCACGCGCGCGAUGUCCGCGUCGAGAUCGCGCGCGGGGAGGAGUCGAAGGAGCGAGACGAGCGCGGCGGACGCGGCCGGUCGCACGGUCCCGCCCUUCCCCUCGUUAUCCUCCACGACGACGAGAGACUCCAGCAUCGGGAGAAUAUCCUAUACAAGCGAACGUCGGGGUGGAGUUCAUAG